UGGUGUUGGCGAAGUUGUUCUUUCAGUAGUGGCCGCAGAGAGUCAACUAUAGAUGGAUUUUGUCUACAAUAAUGAGGUGCUGGUUAUUCAGCAUCUCCAGAACAACUACGGGGAAUACCAUGACUUUCUCGUCCUCAUUUCAACCGUGGGCGACCCUCGAAAUAUAUUCUCGGUUUAUUUCCCCCUGUGGUUCCACCUCAAUCACAGUGUGGGCACCAAGAUGAUAUGGGCGGCUGUUUUUGGUGACUGGUUCAAUCUCAUUUUCAAAUGGAUUCUCUUUGGGCAGCGACCCUAUUGGUGGGUGCAUGAAAGUCAUCUUAUCCAGAACGGUUCUCUCCCCCAUUUGGAACAGUUUCGCAUAACUUGUGAAACAGGUCCAGGUAGUCCAUCCGGUCACACCAUGGGCUCAUCAUGCCUUUGGUAUGUCAUGAUCACGUCUGUGCUCAACUCAACUGGGCUUGCCGCUUUCACCACAGACCACACUUCCAAGAGGUUUUGGCUUCUGAAGUCAUGCCUGUGGACUGCUUUUUGGAUCAUUCAAAUAAGUGUUUGCAUCUCCAGGGUUUUUAUUGCCACACAUUUCCCUCAUCAGGUCAUCCUCGGUCUUCUAGCUGGAAUGCUCGUCGCAAAGACAGUUGAACACAUCCCCUCCGUUUACAAUGCAAGUUUGAAAACUUACAUUCAGACCAGUGUUUUCCUCUUCUCCGUUGCUCUCGGCUUCUACCUGCUACUCAACCUGGCAGGCACGGACCCACUGUGGUCAGUCACCAAAGCCAAGAGGUGGUGCGCCAGUCCAGACUGGAUCCACCUCGACACCACUCCUUUCGCUGGGCUGGUGAGAAACCUGGGAGUCUUGUUCGGCCUGGGUCUGGCCGUCAACUCUGAGAUGUUCAUUCAAAGUUGUAAGGGCAAGAACGGCCACGAAAUCCGAUUUAAACUCAUGUGCGUGGCCGCCACCCUCACGACCCUUCAAGUGUAUGGCGUAGUGAAAAUACCCACUCACACCGAGGUGCUUUUUUACAUACUGUCUUUUUGCAAGAGUGCCUCAAUGCCGCUUGUUGUGGUUGCUCUGAUUCCGUACUGUGUUUUCCUGAUGAUGGGACACGAGGACAGGAAACUUGUUUAGAAGCAACGUCGUCUUGUAAUAUGAGUAAUAUUUUUGGUUUUAAUUAUAUUCAAUGACAUAUUAGGUGAUGUAAUGAAUGCACACAAGUGUAGCACAUUUUUGUACAUAUUAUGAAGUUAUGGUUUUACUUUAUUCAACCUUAUUUUACAGGAUUGCCUUGUGAAAACUGUAUUAUAUAAUUUUGAAAGUUGCUGUAAAGGAAACUUAAUAAAUUGUACAUUUUAAGAUGUGAUUU